AUGGACGCGCAAAUCGCACACAGGCGAAGAUCCUGGAGGUGGAUUGCUGGGGUCGGAGGGAUUAUCUUCUUUGGGCUAUUCCUCAUAGGUUGCUACUUCCACAACCCCGAGAACAGAUACCAUUAUCCUCGAGCGCUGGACCAGGAACCCAGCUCCUGCAAUCGAAAUAAGAAUGUGACAGGCUAUCGACUCCAGUUCGCACGAUUCGGUCCUCUUCUUUCAGCAUGGCCUCCUGAGAGGGAUUACCGACAUCCCCAUAGGAGUGAUGGCAGCGGCGUCUGGGAGAAAACCGGUGCCAAUGCCGCCGAACUCGACUUUCUCGGACUAGAUCGCUUCACCCAAGUACUUCGGUCAUCGAAUCAAACCGAUGAAGAUGCAUUCAUCCGUAAACUGCGUCUGGUAGGGGGGUUAUGGCGGUCAUCCCAUACAAUCGUAUACCUGGACCCCUUGGACCCGUAUGAGAUGGACCAGUAUCCGUUCAGCGAAUUGGCAGACGGAUAUGAACCAGAACGCCUUGACGGCUCGAUCCUCAACCUAUCCGACCAAACUGAUCGACGGCGGAUAUUGUGUGCCUGGCCAUCGUCUGGUGGGGUGUGGAUUUAUGAGUAUUCAAUGAAUAGUCCGGAUUUAUUCGGGGUUGACCGGCUGGUUGGUAUGUGGAAGAUGGUUGUGACGAUGGAUGAGGCGGCCCAGCUGCUGAAAGACCACGGGGCGAAGUUUUAUGCAAAGCCGGCAGGUUAUCCCUUGUUCGCUGAUCUAUUCAGGACCGGAUAG